AUGAAGGCCUCAAAAUACGUCGCGCUGCAUCUCUGCUCUCCCAGGUCCAGUCUGGGGCUGCAGUCUUUCGACCAUCUGGAUCUAUACAGCAUCCCCCAUCACGCUCCAGAUAAUACAGCCGCACAGAUACCGUCAAAUCUCAUCAGAGAGCUUAACCUGUUUUCAGGACAAUUGUAUCUCCGAUCUUUUGCCGAAUAUGUUGAGCUUUAUGGCUUCCUAGGUAUCACUUCGAAACCUAACGUCAGUGAUGACAUCGAGGUGGCCGCGGAUGGAUUCAUUCUGCGAAGAAAAGGGCGCGGUAAGCCCACUUCGAAAUUCAGUUGCAGUCCCGUAAAGUUCCUACAAUUUCUUCUAUCACGGAUUGGUAGAAUCGGUGAGGAAAUCGACAAGACAGAUAUGGGCAAGAUACUUGAUGGCAUGAUUCUUCAUCCAUCAGACUUUGACGUUCUAGAUGAAGGCCACACUUCACGUUGA